AGGCCAGUGGAUGGAUCUAUAGCAAGUGUUCGCCUGCCAUCAGUCAAGAUCUGAGGAAGGAGAUCAUGGAGGGUCCCUUUUUCCCCAGACAUCCACAGCAGAGUUUCGGUAGUCCUUUUGGACAGAAGGAUAGCACAUGUAGAGUUGAGGAGCUGGCGCGUGCGUUGAGGGACAGCACAGUGAUCACGCCGGCGAGGUUCUCGUGGGUGACGGCGGACCAGCUGUGCUCAUGGCUGCGGAGUCAGUCGAGGGUGAAAGUUCUGCCCAUCGACGUGAGAGACGCCAAGGAGAGCACUGGAGGCAUGAUUGUGGGUGCGCUGCAGCUAGAUUCUGCGAUGCAGCAGGUACAACUCGACAAGUUGGUCGAGAUGUGGAGAUCAGGACGGCACCUCGUGUUCUACUGCACAAAAUCUCUGACAAGAGCGCCGGUCAUGGCUCAGCAGUUACUCUCAAGGCUGGAGAACCUUGGUUGCGUCGGAGUCUCGUGCGAUGAGGACCUGAGGGUGUCUGUGCUGGAGGGAGGGAUCGUUGCGCUCAUGCAGGCUGUCAUGCGCCUCUACUCCCAGCAGACUGUCGAGCUCGAGCCCCCCAAGGAUCUGGUGGUCAACUUUCAACCGGAGAAGUGGAUAUUCUGUUAUUCUCCCGAUGGUCCCCACGUUGCCCACGUGUCGGAGAUAUCGGAGAACUCUGAGCGAGAGGUGGAGGAGCUAGUGGAAGAGGAGAUGUGUGACGAACUUACUUUCCUCGUAGACCAGAGUAUGUCUCUUUCUCCUCAAGUCCAGGGAAGCAUGCCUUAUAUAUCUUAGGAUUGUGAAAUAUUGCUCCUUUACCUCC